CAUGCGUUGGGUGUUUAAAAAUCCAUGAUUAAGUUGGUCGCUGGACUAUAAAAAGCAAGUGGGAGCAUAAGGAAAAGAAACAAGUAUUCAUUUUUGAGAUGGGAAUCUGCAUAUCCUCUGUAUCUUCUGAGAUUCAUGAUACUGAAGAUGUCCAAGAAAAUGCAGUGCUCAUUGUCGAGACCGAUGAUAAAACCAAGAGAAAUGGAUCUGUCCAUUCAAGAACUGGAAGCAAAGGGUUGAACCAAGAUGCUGCUAUACUCUAUCAGGGAUAUGGAAAAGAUGAUGGAACCUUUUGUGGAGUUUUCGACGGUCAUGGGAAGAACGGUCACCUGGUGAGCAAGUUAGUGCGGAACCAUUUGCCACUGCUCGUGCUAAACCAGAGAAACUCUUUGGCUAACGCAAAAGUCACGGCGGUGCAUGAUGACUGUGACCAAGGAUCGAUGCCGAGCAAGAACUUCCAGGCAUGGAGAGAUUCAUGUAUCAGUGCCUUCAAGGUGAUGGACAAGGAGAUCAAGCUUCAGGAGGGAUUGGACUGCUCCACCAGUGGAAGCACAGCUGUUGUUGUCAUAAGACAGGGUGAGGAUCUUGUUAUAGCCAACCUCGGCGACUCGAGAGCAGUGCUAGGGACUCUCACGGAAGACGGACUUCGUACUCUUCAAUUGACUACCGACUUGAAGCCUAAUGUUCCCAGUGAAGCCGACCGAAUAAGGAAGUGCAAUGGCCGGGUUUUAGCUCUGAAGGAAGAACCGCACAUCCGGCGGGUGUGGCUACCCCAUGAGGACAUGCCUGGCCUCGCCAUGUCCCGUGCUUUCGGUGACUACUUGCUUAAAAACCACGGCAUAAUCGCCAUUCCUGACAUCUCUUAUCACCGCAUAACUCCAAAAGACCAAUUCAUUGUCCUUGCGACAGACGGGGUGUGGGAUGUGCUCGAUAACAAUGAAGUUGCAACGGUGGUCGGGUCGGCGAAAGACGAGGAAGAUGCAGCGAAAGCACUGGUUGAAGCAGCUAUUGCUUCAUGGAAGAAGAAAUUCCCUUCUUCAAAAGUUGAUGAUUGCAGUGUUGCCUGCCUCUUCUUGCAUAAAAGGCAAAGGACAGAUUAGCUCUGGUGCACUGCCAAUGGGGUGUUCCAAGUUUGCUCUGGUGCACAUAUUAUGCCAUUGAUGCAACCGCUGCUUCAAUGAUUCCAACCCCGCACACGUUGCUUGGACAAAGGCAUAGAGAAGAAGUACAAGCCAAAUGGAAACAAUGGACAUUGCUGAGAACUG